CAAACCGGCUUCCCUUAAGCUUUGCCCCCUCUUUUUGAAAAAAAAAAAGGAAACUUUCCAUCAAUAAAAUGGAGAAAUCAACUCCUUUCUCCUCCAAUUUCCAUUCAAUCCAUGGAGAGGAGAUCAGCUGAAGCGAAACAGUAACCAUAAUCUGGUUUCGAUGCUUUACCGGUCUCUGUAACGCUGAAAUAUCAAGACAUGGGAGGAGUGACCUCGAUGAUGGCGGCGAAGUUCGCCUUCUUUCCGCCGGACCCGCCGUCUUAUGGAUUAGUAGCCGUGGAGGUGGGGGAGCCGGCGAGGGUGAAGUGGGAGAUGACUGGAGUGAUGAAGAGGGAGGGGGUCGAGGUGAUGAGGUUGAAGACAAGGAGGAAGAAUGAGAUCGUGGCGGUUUAUGUGAAGAAUCCGGCAGCGAAGCUUACCGUGCUUUACUCGCAUGGAAACGCUGCUGAUAUUGGCCAGAUAUACGAGCUAUUCAUUGAGCUUAGUGUUCAUCUGCGGGUGAACCUGAUAGGGUAUGAUUAUUCUGGAUAUGGACAAUCAACUGGAAAGCAGCCAAGUGAGAUAAAUACAUUUGCAGACAUAGAAGCUGUGUAUAGGUGUUUGGAAGAAACAUAUGGUAUCCUGUCACAAGAUAUUAUUUUAUACGGACAAUCAGUUGGGAGUGGUCCAACAUUGGACCUAGCAACCCGUUUACCUUGCUUAAAAGCUGUUGUUCUGCAUAGUCCUAUUUUGUCUGGCCUGCGUGUCAUGUAUCCUGUGAAGCGUACAUAUUGGUUUGAUAUAUUCAAGAACAUUGACAAAAUCCAACUGGUCAAUUGUCCAGUUCUGGUGAUUCAUGGCACAGAUGAUGAUGUUGUUAAUUUCUCCCAUGGAAAGAAAUUGUGGGAGCUUUGCAAAGAAAAGUAUGAGCCUUUGUGGAUUAAGGGAGGGAAUCAUUGUAAUUUGGAGCUCUAUCCUGAAUAUAUAAGACACUUAAAAAAGUUUGUCUCAGUUGUAGAGAGGUUACCUGCCAAAACUUCUGAGAUUCCGCAGUUGCCUGAGACACCUCCCAUAAGUUCUGUUACUUUGGAGCCUCCAAGAAAUAGCACUGACCAGAAGGAGAAAUCUAGGCCCAGUAUUGACAAGAAAAAUAAACCUCAGCAGGGCACUGAAAAAAGCGUGAAAGCUCGGCGGAGUAUUGAGCGUAGAAUCAGCAUCACUAGGAAGGAAAAAUCAAGAAAAAGCACUGAUUGUUGUCCUGCUAACAGGCCAAAUGACAAUAUGGAUUAUCUAGAGAAGCCAAGGAAGAGCUUUGAUCGCUUUGGAGAUAUGAUGAGGUCAGUUGGAUUUUGCAAUAUCGACUGUUUGAUGCACAGAGCUUCCACGCCCUGAGGAUUGUGGAGUUGAGUUCUUCAACUUUUCUCGGGCUCGGCUACUUCGAUUUUCGGGUGAUGGUGUUCAUCAACUGUGGGCCAAAAUGAAUCAAAUCAAGCCAGUUUCAACCCAACUACAAGUGGGUCUGUUUUGAUAAUUUGGUGAGGCUAAGAGCGACUCGAUCACCUUUAAAGAGUGUAGUGUAGGUAAUUAUUUUGAAGUUCCAACGGCUGGCUGGCUGGCUGGUUGGUUGAGUUUGUUACAAUUUGCAGGGUAAAAGUGUGCAAAGCUGAGUAGCUGUUUAUAUGAAUGGUUAAAGCAGGUUGUACAGUCAUUAGUGAAAUUUGGUAAAAUUGGUUGAUGUUCAUAGAAGAACAGGAGCUAAUGAGUGAGAAGAUGUUACAUUUACACGAGUUUUAAAACAUUUAUUGAUUGAAAAUGUAUUCUCUCUGAAAAUACUUAAAAUGUUUUCCAAUCCAAGUGAUCAUUAUUUCAUAAUUAAGCUGUUAGGCACUGGAAGCUUAUGUUU